AAUCGCAGGAAUCCAUAUUCACAGCAGGCGACGGGAAGAAGAAGAGCGAGGUGGGGUGACUGGUGAGGGAUCGAUUAGAUUAGCCUACGGAGAAGGAGAAGCCCUCUUCUUUCUCCCGAUCUGAUUCGGACUCCUCCGAUCCUCUUCUUCUUCCGCGCUUCAUCUUUAUCUGCGCUCCGUGACCCUAUCGUGAACGCGAGGAGUCCGUAAGCUAUCGAUUUAAAUAAUUAGGGAAUCAAAGAGGCCAGAGCCGUGCAUGUCUCUCCGAUGGUCGCUAGUCCGUCCGUGUCCGUCCUUGAGGGAAUCACGGACGUGAUGGAAGGUCAAAGCGGCGAUGCGGCAUCACUCCUCCUUCGAAGACACACUGUCGGGCUUGGGAAUCUCAACGAGCUAGCUUUGCCGGAAACAGCGCGGUCAUGGGCGCAGGCGGACGCAUGACGGUCCAGGAGCUGGAGUCCAAGGACACAUCCAUACGCUCCGACGGCGGCGACAAGUCCCUCCACCGCUCUCCCACCGAGAAGCCACCCUUCGCCCUCAGCCAGAUCAAGAAGGCCAUUCCGCCGCACUGCUUCCAGCGCUCCGUCCUCCGCUCCUUCUCCUACGUCGUCCACGACCUCCUCCUCGUCGGAAUCUUCCUUUACUUUGCGCUCGCAGUCAUUCCCAUGCUCCCGAUGGCGCUCGCAGUUGCUGCCUGGCCGCUUUAUUGGGCAGCUCAGGGCUGCGUGCUCACCGGCGUCUGGGUCAUUGCCCACGAGUGCGGCCACCACGCCUUCUCCGAAUACUCUAUACUCGACGAUGUCGUCGGUCUCGUCCUCCACUCCGCCCUUCUGGUUCCCUACUUCUCCUGGAAGUACAGCCACCGCCGCCACCACUCCAAUACCGCCUCCAUCGAGCGCGACGAGGUGUUCGUCCCCAAGCAAAAGGCGGCCCUCCUCUGGUACACCAAGUACCUCGGCAACCCACUCGGCCGCCUCCUCACCAUCGCUGUCACCCUCACUCUCGGUUGGCCUCUGUACCUCGCCUUCAACGUCUCCGGCCGAGCCUACCCACGCUUCGCUUCCCACUUCGACCCCUACAGCCCCAUCUACUCUAGCCGCGAGCGCGCUCAGAUCUUCAUCUCCGACGCCGGCCUCCUCGCCGCCGCCUUCGCCUUCUUCCGCCUUGCAUCCUCCCACGGCGGCUUCUGGUGGCUCCUCCGCCUCUACGGCGUGCCACUCCUCAUCGUCAACGCCUGGCUGGUCGUCAUCACCUACUUGCAGCACACCCACCCCGCACUCCCCCACUACGACGCCACAGAGUGGGACUGGCUCCGCGGCGCCCUCGCCACUAUGGACCGCGACUACGGCCUCCUCAACAGCGUGUUCCACAACAUCACCGACACCCACGUCACUCACCACCUCUUCUCCACCAUGCCGCACUACCACGCCAUGGAGGCGACCGCGGCCAUCAAGCCGGUGCUGGGCGAGUACUACCAGUUCGACGGCACGCCGCUGCUGAAGGCGUUGUGGAGGGAGGCGCGGGAGUGCAUCUACGUCGAGUCUGACGCUGACGCCGGGAAGCAUCAGGGCGUGUUCUGGUACCGCAACGAGCUACUUUAAUAAAUCAUCCUCUCGAUCGAUUCCUCCAUUAACUGAUGCGCAUUAAUUGUAAUAAGGAUGGAUUUAAAACUACGAUGAUAUGGAUCGGCAGUUAAUUUUGUCCUA